AAACCCUUAUAUCCUCCUUCCAUUGCUCUGUCAGAGCCCACCAAUUCCACAUCCCAAAAAUAAGGUGCCACAAAUCCUUUAAAUAUAUAAUCCGCCUGAGAAUCAGAUUUUUUUGUCAAUCCUAGAAUCGUGGCGGAAGCAGGUUUUAGGCUUCGCCCAAGGUUUUUAAUUUUGACAAGUAAGAGUGGGGAAAGGAGAAAAAUUGUACGUCGCGGCACUAGAGGGUUUUAAAUUUGCAGUUAAAUUUCAAGCUCUAUAAUGGCGGAGGUGCUGGACAUGGCGCCCACGGAAUCCCUGGAUCGCCGCAGGGAGCGGCCAGCGGAGCGAAAGGAAAAGGAGAAGUCGAUAACUGAAGAUCGUAAGCGAGACAGGGAUUCUCGAGAAAGAAGAGAUGACAGAGACGAGAGGCCGCCUCGCAGAGGAGAUUACAAGCGCAGGCACAGCCCUAGCCCCCCGCCGUACGUCCCACGGGACCGCCGCCAUUCCCCGCCCUCGCGUCGUUCUCCUCCUUACAAGAGGUCUCGCAGGGAUGAUGCUUACGACAGCCGUCGUGGCAGCCCCAGAGGAGGCUUUAACUCCGACGAUAGAAGGUUUGGUUAUGAUGGAAUUGGAGGAUAUGAUAGAGGUGUAAUGGGAGGAAGAGCUGGAUAUGCAGAUGAAAGACACCAUGGUCGGCACUUAGGACGUGCAUCUGGUUUUCAAAGCGGACCUCCAGACUGGCCUGGUGUUGGACGUACAGGCUUCAGUGAUAUGGGUGCUCCUCAACGGGAAGGGUUGAUGACUUAUAAACAAUUCAUACAAGAGCUCGAGGAUGACAUAUUACCAGCUGAAGCAGACCGCAGAUACCAGGAAUAUAGAACAGAAUAUAUAAACACCCAAAAACGUGCUUUUUAUGAGGCACACAAAGAUGAAGACUGGCUGAAGGAUAAAUAUGACCCUUCACAUUUGGAAGCUGUCAUACAAAGGAGAAAUGAGAAUUCAAAGGCAACAGCAAAGGAGUUUCUGCAAGAGUUAGAAAAUGGAACCCUUGAUAUAGGUCCAGGUGCUACAGGAUCAAUACCUUCAUCUGCAAAGGGAGGGCAAGGAAGUGACCAGAACUCAGAUGAUGAUGCUGAGACUAAUGGCAAAAGGAGGAGACAUGGUAGGGGCCCUGCAAAGGAAAAUGACCUCAUUUCUAGUGCUCCCAAAGCGCAUCCAGUGAGUUCGGAUCCAAGACGAAUUAAAAAGGAUAUAGAUAUUGGACAAGCUCUUGUUCGAAAACUAGAUGCAGAGAAAGGUAUAGAUGAUAAUAUUCUUGGUGGUUCAGAGCAAGAUAAAUUUGAUGGUGAGAAAUCGUUAAGUGGCUCAAUAGGUGUUGUGAUUGUAAGAGUUGCGAACACUGUGAAGGGAUAUGAGGGUAUAGAGCUCUUGGAUGUUGUUGUGACCUACUUGUGGAGAGUUCAUGGAUUAGAUUAUUAUGGAAUGACUGAAUUGAAAGAACCUCCCAAGGGAUUACGCCAUAUAAGAGUAGAAAGCAAGAACAAUAAUGAUGAGACAGCUGCAGUUGAAUGGGAGAAGAAAUUGGAUACUACUUGGGAAGCCAGGUUACAAGGUCAGGAUCCAUUAGAAAUCAUGUCAGCAAAGGAAAAGCUGGAAGUUGCAACAAUUGAAGCCUUGGAUCCAUAUGUGAGAAAAAUAAGAGAUGAAAAGUAUGGAUGGAAAUAUGGUUGUGGAGCUAAGGGUUGUACAAAGCUAUUUCAUGCAGCUGAAUUUGUGCACAAGCACUUGAAAUUGAGGCAUCAAGAUCUUGUUGCAGAGCUAACAGCUAAAGCACGUUCAGAAAUAUAUUUUAAUAACUACAUGAAUGAUCCAGAUGCACCUGGUUCUGCAGUAACAACUCAACAGUCUGGGCAGAGAGACAAGGCACGCAGACGGAAGGUAGGACCAGGUAUUGCUGGUGAUGUUUCAACAGGUUCUGGUAGCCGAGGUAGAGAUGUUGACCAUCCUGAUCGAGGAAGUAGAAGGGAAAUUGAAAGGAUUGACAGGACCAAUGAAGAAGAUCGUUAUGAUAGGAAUGAGAAUUCACCAUCUCAGGAUUAUCCCGGAGGCCAAGAUGCGGGUCACUCUGAUCCUUCAAUGUUUGAUCCUUUUGGACAACCAAUGCAUGGACCACCUUUUGGUUCAGAUAUGCCACCACCCCCGCCUGUUUUAAUGCCUUUGCCAGGAGCUGGACCCCUGGGCCCCUUUGUGCCUGCUCCCCCUGAAGUUACAAUGCGAAUGUUGAGGGAACAAGGUGGGCCUCCACCUUUUCAUCCUGCUGACAACAAUGGUGGUCCACGUGGACGGAAGGGGCGUUCAAGUGGGGGACCUUCAUUGGGAGGAGGAAUGAUGGAUCCACAAGUCAUGCUUCCAAUAUCUCCAGCAUUCCGGCAGGAUCCUCGACGUAUCCGGAAUUACCAUGAUCUUGAUGUUCCAGAAGAUGAAGUUACUGUCAUUGAUUAUAGGAGUUUGUAGGGCAGCUUGUCCACACAUUUGGUCCAGCUUUGUUGAAUGGAGUAGCAAGUUCUUUGUUCCUGGAUGUUGUUUCAGGGGAAUAUUAUGCAUGGUAUACAAGAUAAGCCUUUGACUUCAAAUUGAUUUGGAUGUGUUCUUAUUUUAAUUUUGACUUAACAUAGGUUCACAGCCUCAAUAAUUUGGUGUAUGCAAAUCUUAAUGUUCAAAAUAAUGUAACAAUAUUUCUGUUAAUCAACUUUUGCAACUUUUGGCUUUA